AUGAAACAUCGAAACGAAUGAAGAAGAAAGCAGAACAAAUUAAUAAGCGCAAAUCUCGAAAGUGGCAACUUGAUGAAAAAAUGACACUUUUUAAUCUCAUAGUGGAAAAUCAGAGAGGGAAAAUUUCCAAGAACAUGCCGUGGCAUAAAAUCCAUCAGCGUUUUACUAAAAUCUUCGGCGCAGAACGCACACUCCUGACCCUCAAACAACAAUUCAGGAAGAUGAAGACUAAAGCAAAAACUGAGAUUAAGAAAUUCAGUGAUGAUAUUCACUUCUACGGAGUAGAAGUGGCAAAUCGAAGUCGUCCCAGUGAUUUCUCCAUCGAGAUAUGGAAAUUUAUAUCCGAAUCGGAGGAACACUUCAAUGCCACGGAGGCCAUGGAAGUCGAUAGGGAUAUGAAAUUCAUGAUUUACGACGAUUCUGAUAAAGAGAAUCUUGAUCCUGAUAAAAUACGUAUUCAGCGUCAUAAGGAUGAUGAUCCAUUGAACGAGUUCAAUAACAAAUUAAAUGCCCAAGGAAAUAUCGAAGCUCCAGCAGACCCUGAUAACACGACUCAAUCCAUCACAGUCACAGAUAUGGUUACCCUCUCCAAGGGGAUUCAGACUGAGAACUCCAAUUUCGACAUGAAAGAGUUUUACGAAAUGCAAUUGAGGGAGCAUAAACUCAGAAUGGAUAUUCUGGAGCUGCAGUUUGAGACAUUCAAGGCAAUUGAUAGGGCAAUAAAGGAACAGAUAUCCAAUAUGGGACUAAUGUCAACUAAUUAA